AUGUCCGCCUCACCACCAAAAAACCACACGUCCUUUAUAUCCGAUGCACGACGACCCGCGUUACCUUGGUACAAGAUCCCGCAUCGUUCGGUGGUUGUCGGUCAACGCACAAUGACGGGUCAUUUAUCAACGCAAAAACGAGCGGAACUGCAAGAACGUAUGGUGCAACUUGCAAAAACCAAGGCGCAGGAAGCGUUUGGUGGUGAUACUUACGCGGGUGUGAUCCCGGGCAGUAUUAUACGAACCGAGGAUCAAGCACAAGCAUUACGUUCGUUGGUGGAUUGUUGGACCCAGGGCAAAUGGGUUCCUUUCGACGAAACCAUGGAAAAUGCACUAUUGACAAAUCCACCCAUCAAACAUUUCCAGGAUCCACUCUAUGGGACGUGUGACCACAAGUUUUACAAGACGCAUGAAAAGGAUGGCAAGACUUGGCGAGCGGCAGUCAAGUAUCGCUGGCAGCCAGCAUGUGCAUUGCCAGUAGAAACGAUUGAUCCAGCGGAAUGGUGUCGUGUCCUGCGAGGGAGAAACAUUGCCCUGGUGGGUGAUCUCGUUCAUUAUCAAAUGCAUGAACUAUUGCUAGAUGUUCUACGCGACGGUCCAGUAGUUUGCUAUGGUGAAUUGAGCUGUAAAGAACAUACCAUUUGUACGAAACCAAAGCCAUCGUUGCUUCAGUAUGUUCGUAAUGAUUUGUUAUCACCCAAUCGACGCGUAAAAAACGAGGAGGGUCAUCCAUCCGCAUCCAUCAUUGACUGGCCCUUUGUCACUGGCGUAAUCCAAAAACGUUUCAACAUAUUCAUCCUGAAUCGUGCACCCGUGAUUGAAGACGACGAAACAUUCAUUAGCCAACUAAUUGAAAGUAUGCAAGAAUUGCGAAAGUCGAAGCCAAAGGCGCUUGUGAUUUAUCGAUCGACCACGGUGGGUCAUCCUUAUUGCAAUGACGCGCAAGGGCCACUCGAUGAACCUUUGACGGAUAUGGAACGACAAGAGCUGCCGUAUGGUUGGAGUGAGCAGACGCGACGGAAUGCAAUGGCCAAGGAGAUCGUGGAGGCUGCUGGCGGCCUAUAUGUGGAUUUGGCGGCUUUGACGGAUAUGCGGCCCGAUGGUCACAUAGGUGGUCAGGAUUGUCUUCGCUACUGUAUACCCGGACCUUUGGAUGCGUGGGCUACUGUAUUGUAUAAUGUCAUGCUGGGUUUGGAAGGUCGGUUACCGUUACCAAAUGAUAACAUUAAGAACGGUAUUGAUCGUGGAAACAACAAACAACGAUAG